UGGGAUGUUGAUAAAUGGGAAGAGUCAGAAUUAUUAGAUAUCCUUGAGAAGAAAUAUACAGAAGAAGGAUUAUCUCUAGAAAUGUCUCCAGAAAAAUAUAAUAGACCUUUUGGAUUCGAA